UGUUAAUAUAAUUUUUCUAUAAACUUGUCAAACUUUACUCAAGACAAAGUUAAAACAUUCUAUAUUUAGAACAGAGGUAGUACAUGCUAAUGAACAAGUCAUCUGGCUGGAAUAAUCCGAUGUGGAUUAUUCAAGGUACUCAUCUUAAGUCCACCCGUGUCUCAUCUCUAACCAGAUGCGCUCAAGCAGGACCGUAGGUCAGAAAAGCAAGUAAUAUGCCAAUAUUCUAAAAAUAUAUAUUAUAGUGGGAUGUCGCUAUAGUCAGUACGUAUGUAUAUAACGUACGUAGUUUGUCGUCGGCAGAUCGAUAUGUAUAUAUACGCACGCAUAAGCUUGCAGAUAUGUGUGGCCUUGUCUAUCUCUUUGUCCUGUAUGGAAAUAUGCUGCCGCAAACAAAUACUGAUAUGUGGAAAUAUUAUGCGAUUGCUGGAAAUACUACUCCCAGAGAGUCCCAGUGUGGAUUAAUUAAGGUUCUUGAGUCCACCAACACGCUAGCCAGUCACGUCUGAAACAGAUAUGAUGCUUAGGCAGAUCAUGAAAGGGAAAUUAGAAUAAGCACAUGUUCCAGUUAGUAUGGGGUGGCGUUAUAGUUAAUACAGCGUAUUGGUAUAAUUAGGGAGAGAUAAAUGCGUCACGUCGGCAACAAAAGAUGUAUGGUACAUAUCCUUUUGAUUUAGACAUUAUUGGAGGCAUUCUCGAAAUGUCGAAGGUGGCGUGACGCAGAUGGAGUCGUUCCUGGAGAAGUUCUUCCCGGAGGUGCUGACAGGGAUGAAGGGCGCCAAGCGGGACGCUUACUGCAAGUACGACAACCAGAUGCUGACGGCCUUCACGUCGUCGCUGUACAUCGCCGGCGUGCUGUCGUCGCUGGUGGCCAGCCGGGUGACGAGGAGCGUGGGUCGGCAGGCCGUCAUGCUCAGCGGCGGCGCCCUGUUCCUCGCCGGCUCCGCCGUCAACGCCGCCGCCCUGAACAUCGCCAUGCUCAUCAUCGGCCGCAUGCUGCUGGGCUUCGGUGUUGGCUUCACCGCGCAGGCGGCGCCGUUGUAUCUGGCCGAGACAUCGCCAGCAAGGUGGCGCGGCGCGUUCACCGCCGCCUACCACUUCUUCCUCGUCCUCGGCACGCUGGCGGCGACCGUGGCCAACUACUUCACGAACCGCAUCCCGGGCUGGGGCUGGCGCGUCUCCCUGGGCCUGGCCGGCGUGCCGGCCACGGUCGUGGUCGUGGGCGCGCUCUUCGUCCCGGACACCCCCAGCAGCCUCGUCCUGCGCGGCGAGAACGACAUGGCGCGCGCGUCGCUCCAGCGGAUCCGCGGGCUGGACGCCGACAUCGGCGACGAGUUCAAGGACAUCGUCGUGGCCGUCGAGGAGGCCCGCAGGAACGACGAGGGCGCGUUCCAGCGGCUGAAAGGCAAGGGGUACCGGCACUACCUGGUGAUGAUGGUGGCCAUCCCCACCUUCUUCGACCUCACCGGCAUGAUCGUCAUCAGCGUCUUCGCGCCCGUGCUGUUCCGGACCGUCGGGUUCGGCAGCCAGAAGGCCAUCUUGGGCUCCGUUAUCCUCAGCGUCGUCAACCUGGGCUCCGUCGUCGUCUCCGGCUUCGUCGUGGACCGCGCCGGCCGCAGGUUCCUGUUCCUCGCGGGCGGCGUCGCCAUGUUGCUCUGCCAGGUGGGCGUGGCAUGGAUGCUGGCGGGCCAUCUGGGCCGGAAAAACGCGACGACGAUGGCGCGGAACUACGCGGAAGGGGUGCUGGCGCUGAUGUGCCUCUACACGUUCAGCUUCGGCAUGUCGUGGGGGCCGCUCAAGUGGGUGGUGCCGAGCGAGAUCUACCCCGUGGAGAUCAGGUCGGCGGGGCAGGCAAUGACCGUGUCCAUCGCGCUCUGCCUCUCCUUCGCGCAGACGCAGGUGUUCAUCAGCCUGCUCUGCGCCAUGAAGUACGCGAUAUUCCUCUUCUACGUCGGCUGGGUCCUGGUGAUGACGGCUUUCAUGGCGACGUUCCUGCCGGAGACCAAAGGCGUGCCGCUGGAGGCCAUGCGGACGGUGUGGGCGCAGCAUUGGUACUGGAGGAGGUUCGUCGGGGAUGCCAAGCAGGACAGACAGGUCAACUGCUUGUAAAAAUGCUGAACCGUGCUACUUCGCCACUUAAGUUCUACAGUAGUUUGCUGAACCUCCUUACGAUUUAUAUAGUGAAAAAACCGAGAAAACAUUGUUAGCUAGUAGUAAAAUGUAACAUACAUAGGCGGAAACAAGUUAGAGAAACAGGAUCAUCGUGAUCCACCACAUACCAAAUUCAGCCUAAAUCGGUGUGGGGUCAAAUGAUUGAUAAAGUAGUUCUAUAUGUGUAGCGAAUAAUCGUUCUUAUGGUCUUCUACAAAGUUCGUGUGCUUUUAUUCUCUUUAGUAAAAACUGAUGCACUCUUACCUGCUC